UCGAUCACCUUGUCAUUUUAUCAUUAUUGCUGUGUUCCUACCUGUACGUUAUUUUGAUCAGACUUAUGACGCUUUGUCAUACACGGGCCAAGAGGAACCUGAGGAAUCCCGUGAACAUAUUUUUAUCUUAACUGGAUACCAUGAUCCACUUCAGUUUCAGGUACGGAAGACACUGGAUAUCCUUGCGCUCAUCAGGCGGAUAUAAAGCGUUCUCUCGAAACACGAACGCAUCUCACAUCCCCCCUUACAUCCCACUCACUAUUACCCCGUCAUCGAUACUAUGUCUCAUCACUGCCAGGGUUCGAUUAGCAGCUCGGAUACCGUCACGGCUCACCACGAGCACUCAGGCCGGUUUUGUCCAGUCGUAGGGGACACCCAUGCUUACUGCCCCCAUCAUAAGGGGGAUGCAAGGUCCCCCUGUCCGGCGUUAAACACCCUCGCGAAUCACGGGUAUCUGCCGCGCGAUGGUAAAAAUAUCACCAUCUUCGGCCUCAUACGCGCUCUUAGAGAAGGUUACGGCCUCUCAACCGCCCUCGCUGCAAUACUCUCCAUCGGCGCCGUGUUGAUGCUGGGCCAAUUCCGUCAAAUUUCGCUCGCAGACCUGGCACGACAUAACCUGAUUGAACACAAUGCGUCUUUGUUCCAUCGGAACGCGCGUGACGGGGAGGAAUAUGCACCGCGGUGUCCAGAUUGCAGUCUAUUGAAGGCAGUGGUGCGUCAAGGGGGACAUUACAAACCCGGCCGAAUCACACUGGAGGAUGUCGCGAACAUUCGGGCUAAAAGGGAGAUGAAUGAUAUUCUAGAUUUCACCCAUGCCGAAAUCGCACGUGGAGAGAUGGCGAUCGCAAUUGGGGUGUUGGGGGGUCCAAACGCGGACAAGGAAGGGCUGGAUUUUGAGGUGUUGAAAACAUGGGUGAAGUAUGAACGUCUGCCAGAUGGAUGGAAACCAGACCAUACCCAGGGCUUGUACCACGCUUACAAGAUGGCCACGGUCAUCAGGAACAGGAUGAAUGACAUCAAGAAUGGGAAGCUGGUGAACGUCCUAGAAGAGGAGGACGCGACAGCAGCAGCGUUCGUGAUGUCGGCAGCACACGAACCCCAGGUUGCACCGAGUUCCGAGUGAUAGGAUAUUUAUUUAAUUCGCUCUCGCAUCUAUCGUUAUAACUUGAUAUGUAUUCUGCUACCCUAUUACGUAUAUGUUAGUUACAAUCUGUUUUGAUUAUUAAGUAGCAACCAAAGUGACG